CGCAGAUGAAAACACGCUAAUUCAAUGAUUCAAUGAACGAUAAGCAGUGAUGGGCUACUUGCGUUAACACAACUACUACGUAUUCGUGUUUUUGCUACACAUUGCGAUAGAAUUUUCUUCACGUUUUAUUUAUUUUUUCACAUCGUUUUGUUUAUUGGAGGCAUUUGGUCCAUCCGCAUCCCUCUCUAGUAGCCUAUAAACCGGGCGAUCUACUGGAUUAUCAGCAACAUCAUGAAUGAAGGAGCUGGUGGGCGGCCCAGAGGGCAGCAGAAGUUCUUCGGGCUGGGUGGAGAUGAAGAGGAACACAUGAGUUCGUGUCGCAUGGACGUUAAAGAAAACCGCAACCUGGACAACCUCUCCUCGAAGGAGGGGCAUCGCCUAGCCAAUGGGAGCGCUCGGGGAUUAGGCAGGAAACGCCCUCUGGAAGAGGGCAACAGAGGUCACGGGCACUCCAAAUUCCGCCCCAAGAAACGCAGGAAACCUCAAGGGCCGGUGUUGCCCAAGAACGCUCUCAUGCAGCUUAAUGAAAUCAAACCGGGACUGCAAUACAAGCUGAUGUCACAGACGGGUCCCGUGCACGCGCCCGUCUUCAUUAUGACCAUCGAAGUUAACGGACAGUUGUUCGAAGGCUCCGGUCCGACUAAGAAGAAAGCCAAACUGAACGCUGCUGAAAAAGCGCUACGUUCUUUUGUUCAGUUUCCCAACGCGUCUGAAGCUCACCUCGCCAUGGGUCGUACGCUAACAGUCAAUGCAGACUUUACAUCAGACCAGGCGGAUUUCCCAGACGUGCUGUUUAAUGGAUUUGAAACUCCAGCGCAACCAGAUGACCUGUUCUACUUGAGUCUAAGCAGCAACGGCGCUUUCCACGGCAUAAACGAAAACCCGCUUCCCGUGACCCUUAACAACAACAACAGACUGGCGAGUCAAACCCUCGCACAGCCUGCGCCUCUAACAGCACCCCCUACAGGCAGUGGCAAAAACGCAGUGAUGAUCUUAAAUGAGCUUCGGCCAGGACUGAAGUACGAGUUUGUGGCGGAGAGCGGCGAGAGCCACGCUAAGAACUUUGUGAUGUCGGUCACCGUGGAUACGCAAAGUUUUCAAGGUUCAGGGAGGAAUAAGAAGCUGGCGAAGGCCAGGGCGGCCCAGGCGGCGUUAUCGGGACUGUUUAACAUGCAGCUUGACCAGACACCUUCAAGGCAGCCAAUCCCAAGGGAGGGACUGCAGCUACACCUGCCUCAGGUGCUCGCGGACGCCGUCUCACGUUUAGUUGUGGAAAAGUUCAGCGAGCUGACGGACAACUUCAGCUCCCCGCACGCACGGCGAAAAGUCCUGGCGGGCGUCGUCAUGACAACCGGCACGGAUGUGAAGGAUGCUCAGGUGAUUUGCAUUUCCACGGGAACCAAGUGUAUAAAUGGAGAGUACAUGAGCGAUAUGGGUCUUGCACUCAACGACUGCCACGCCGAGAUCAUUGCACGGCGAUCGCUCAUCAGGUACCUUUACGGUCAGCUGGAGUACUUUCUUAGUGACAGACCCGAGGAGCAUGAGAAAUCCAUAUUCAGAUGGUGCAGCCAACACGGCUACCGGCUAAAAGACAACAUUCAGUUUCAUCUGUAUAUCAGCACGUCACCCUGCGGAGACGCCCGGAUCUUCUCACCCCACGAGGCUGGUGCUGAGGACCAGGGUGACCGGCAUCCAAACCGAAAGGCCCGCGGACAGCUGCGGACCAAGAUCGAGUCCGGAGAGGGAACGAUACCGGUUCGCACGAGUAACACUAUUCAGACCUGGGAUGGAGUCCUGCAGGGAGAGAGACUGCUGACUAUGUCGUGCAGCGACAAGAUCGCAAGAUGGAACGUGAUCGGAGUGCAGGGGUCUCUUCUGAGCUAUUUCACCGAACCCAUCUACUUCUCCAGUUUAAUUCUGGGCAGCUUGUACCACGCCGACCACCUGUCCAGGGCCAUGUACCAACGGAUCGCUGAUAUUGAUGACCUGCCCCAGCCUUUUCAUGUCAACAAACCCCUGCUAAGUGGCAUCAGUAACACAGAAGCGAGGCAACCUGGAAAAGCUCCCAACUUUAGCGUCAACUGGACGGUUGGUGAUCCGGGUUUGGAGAUCAUUAACGCCACCACAGGGAAAGACGACCUCGGGCGACCAUCACAUCUCUGUAAACACACCCUGUACAGUCGAUGGGUCUGUCUGCAUGCCAAGCUCACUGAGACUCUAAGGAUACACGGAUCGCGGCCGACCUCAUACCACGAGGCAAAGCAGGCAGCCCUGGAGUAUCACACAGCCAAACAAAAUCUCUUCAAAGCGUUCUAUAAAGCAGGACUGGGCGCGUGGGUAGAUAAACCAAUCGAACAAGACCAGUUUUCUCUCAACACCUGAGAGAGAAAAGGAUUGAUGGCUAGUGACUUUCAUACAUGAACAUGGGCCAUACCGUCACCCUCCAUUAUUAUUGCAAGUCGCUCUGAUAAUUUCCUGUUUUUAAUGACAUGGUAAGCUUCUUUUAUGUCUCGAUUCAAAAUGACCAAUAAACCCUUUUCUGGGUUAAACUAACCCUAAAAGGUGGGUUGCAGAUUUUACCCAAAUGCUAUUUUAUACUUAUAAAACGGCUAUUUAAUUUAUUAUAAAUACAAUGCUGUAAGAUGUUAUUAUAUAAAGAUUAAAUGACGGGGUGGUUUCCCAGACAGGGACUAUCUUAAACCAGGACUAGGCCUGUUUAAGUCGUUUAUAAUACAUUUCUAAACAUUACUGUGUGCAUCUUGAGACAAAAACAAUCACACUUAUAUAUUUUAAGAUAUGUCAGGACAAGUUGAUUUCAAUCAAGACACCUUUUAAAUGUGAGUUAGUCUGGAACUAGGCUUAAGCCCUCCUCGGGUAACCACCCAAAAAUGAUGGAAAAGUCAUCACAUACAAUUGAAAAAAAGAUGUACUAUUAAAAAAGUGGUUGGGAAAAAUUUGGACAAUUUGGUUUGUUUUUAAUUGACGUUUAUAACCAUAUUUGACCCGACCAUAAAUUGAACCAACCCAGGAUUUUGUAGAGUUUAAGAAUAGACAAGCCGACUAAAAAAGGAUUUUAAAAAGUGUUUAUUCUAAACAUUUAUUUAAUGUUUAGUAUAAAUUUUAUUAUGCAACAACGUUUAAAUUCAGUAGUAUGUCAUGUAAGUUUUUAUGUUUUUCCUUGUCACACAAUUGUUAGAUUCAUGUUAAGAAUGCAUUUGGUUACAAACCAAUAAAAUCUGCAUUAUUUUUUUCCUGCAUGAAUACAAAACAUAUGUGGAAGAUUUCUGAACAGAACAUGAACACGUUUUCAAAAACAUCUGUUUGCAUGAUUUAGAUGUUAUUUAGUCAAUGUUUUGCUUAAAGGAAAAGUUAAUCUCUUCAAAAUUGUGUUAUUUUUUACUCAUGUUCAACAUGUUUUGAGACCUCCCAGCAUCUUCGGAACACAAAUAAAGAUAUUUUAGUGACAUCC